UUGCUCAAGAUUCUUUCCUGGACCAUUAUCUGCUCUGAAACUCACUGGCCAGCUUCCUGCCGUAUGUCCCCAACCACAAUCCAUCUUCAAGGCUGGUGGCUGUCCUGGACAGACAGACAACAGAGACAGACAAAGCUCCCUUGGCCUGAUCCCCGCCCUCGGACACAGGACACGGCAACUUAAAGAUACCGUUCCAUUGUCUUAUGGCAUCCCCUCCACUGCGAAAGAUGAACCCUACCUCUGCUCCCAAAUGCCUACCUGAGGAGCUGGGGUGCCUCCGCUGGCUGACCAUAGCCAUCUUGUCUGUGUCCUCUGUGGCUGGUAUAGUGGUCAAUGGGCUGGUGCUCUGGAUGACCCUUUUCCGCAUGACCCGCACUGUCACUACUAUCUGGUUCUUCAACCUGGCCCUUGCCGACUUCACUGUCCUAUUGUCUGUGCCCAUCGCAAUAUACAACCUGGCCAGUGGUGAGUGGUUGCUCAAAGAGUUGGCCUGCAAGCUCUACCUAGCCUUAGUGGUCCUCACCUUCUUUACCAGCAUCUGCCUCCUGGUGCUCAUCUCUGUGGACCGUUGCAUCAUUGUCCUCUACCCUGUCUGGGCCCGAAACCACCGCACCGUGCAGCGAGCAAGGUGGCUGGCUGUUGGUGUAUGGCUCCUGGCUGCCGUCACCUGCUAUCCAUACCUGAAAUUUCGGACUACUGGAAAAUUGAAAGGAUGUACGUACUGCUCCUUCAAGUUCAACAGAGAGAAUGAGGAUUGGAGUGGAAUGGAGAAGCGAAUGGCAGUGACCAUCAUUCACUUCCUGGUGGGCUUCCUGGUGCCCCUGGCGAUCAUCGGCACCUGUGCCUAUCUCAUCCGUGCCAAGCUCCAGCGGGAGGGCUGGGUCCAUGCCAGCCGGCCAAAGAGGUUGCUGCUGUUGUUGGUAAGCGCCUUCUUUAUCUUCUGGUUCCCGUUUAACAUGGCGCUCUUGGUCCACCUGGGGCUAGAGAAAUCUCAUGACCUUAAGAUGCUCCUCAUCCUCUGGGCUACAUUCUCCUUAGGCUGUCUCAACAGCUGUCUCAACCCUUUCCUCUAUGUCUUUAUUGGCAGAGACUUCAAAGAAAAGUUUUUCCAGUCUCUGCCUUCUGCCCUGGCCAGGGCGUUUGGUGAGGAGGGGUUUCACAAUCACCCUGUCCCUGAGAUGAAGCCCCCAGGGGAUGAUGGAAACCUUGAAGUGGAAGCUGGAAAUCCUCAUGCUUAGUUUGCAGCCUUUCCCUAGUCUGACUUCCAAGACCCUUCCAAAUUCUGACUCUUCUUUCAAGAAGUCUUCCCAGCAACUCUUUAUUUCCUGGUAUCCAUUCUACUCUUCCUUUAUAGGAAGACUUCUAUUUGUUUUAAAGUACCCACAGUUAGCCAGAAAAAAAGGACUACAUUUCCCAGAGUCCUUUGCAACCAGUUAUGGCCAUGUGACUGCUUUCCCCGCCAAUAGUAUGUGAGUGGAAGUAAUCAAUGUAACUUCCUUGAAGUGCCCUUGAAUGGCAGGGGCCUGCCUUAUAGUCCUCCCCUUACUAUGGUCUAGAACAUAAAUGUAUCAGUUAGUUUUUGCUGCAUAACAAACCUCCCAAAACUUAGAGGCUUAAAACCAUAACCUUUUAUGAUUUCUGCGGGUCAGCAAUCUGGGCUGGGCUCAGCUGAAUAGUUUCUGGUUUUGGCUGCACUUCCUCAUGCAGUCAGCUUAGUUACUGCUUCUGGGCAGGGUGGCUGGCUUUCAGCUGGGAUGAUAGGAUUGACUGAGCCAUGUAGUUCUCAUAGUCCUGCAAGCUGACUGGGAAAGUUUCCAAGAGCAAGAGGGAAACGUGAGAUGCAGACUCUGACACUUUGCACAAUGUGACUAGGUUCAGUGGGUAGGGGAAUAGAUUCCACCUCUCAGUGGGGAAAUCUGAAAAGAGACAUUGAAAAAGAACAUCGACACAGAAAAACUCGUGAAACUGGGGCCAUUUUUCCACUUCGCCAUAGCAUUUGUGGUGGGGAGUCAUGUGGACAGCAACUAUGUCCCCAGCCUCACCCUGGAAUGCACACACCUACGCUGUGAAAAGACAGUUUUCAAUUUCUAGCUCAUUGAAGCCACUGCAUUUUGUGUCUCUGUUAUAGCAGCUGAAUCUAUACCUUACCUAUCAUGCUGCCAACCUCUGGAACGUCAGUGAAGCAACAUAAUAAACUUCCUUAUUGUCAAAGCCAUUUGGUGUUGGGUUUUCUGCUACUUGAAACCCAUAGUAGCCCUGCUACCGCGUUCAAUAACCACUCCUUUCCAGACACAGAAAUCCUAGUGGUCCUUGGACACAGUGGACCAUUCCCUUGGUUCUAGGUAGAGGCAAAUUUUUUUUUUUUUAAUCCAAACCAAAAGCUAUCCUGUUACUUGUUCACGAUUGGAAGAGGCAACUCUGUUCCUGCUCUGAUUAGCUGUGAGACCUCCCCUCUCAGAACCUCCGUUCUCUCAACUCUGUACAACAGCACCAAAUGCUUUUAUAUUUCAUGGAUGAGAGGUAUUAGGAAGCUUAUUUUUAAGGUGCCUUAAAAAUAAGCUGGGAAAAGUGGUUUAUUAAAAAACAGAACUUAAAAAUAACGUAGGCACGUGGUAAAAAGAAAAUGAUUCUUCCUGUACUUCUAAAUCUUCCAUUCCAACUUGUUCUCACUAGAGACU